UUGUUACUACGGCCUGCCCCCGUGACGUCAUGUGUUGGUGUGUAUGUGGACUGCGGGUCGAACGGUCGCCAGAAUUUCAAACUCCGUCCUGCGCCGACCUGACGUGCUUCUCCAAGCAUCAUGAAGAGGGUCAGACGUCUCAGCAGCAGCGACGAGUCUGACCAUGGCAGUAACUCCACCUGCUGGUCGCAGCACUCUCAGACCCUGGCCCGACGGAGUACAGGCAUGAAGGCGUCUGAGGUGUUCCGGACGGACCUGAUUACAGCGAUGAAGGUCCAUGACUCCCAGUGUCUGAGUGCGGAGGACUUCUACGUUCUGGCCGACCCCUGGAGGCAGGACUGGGAGAAGGGGGUCCAGGUCCCCGUCAGCCCCCAGUCUCUGCCCCAGCCAAUCGCCAGGGUGGUGUGUGAGCCCAGCAGGGAGACCAGCUACACGCGUCCUAAGAAGCUGGUGCGCCUGUCGGGCUCCGAGGCGCUGGGCUACGUGGACAUCCGGACGCUAGCCGACGCUGUCUGCCGCUACGACCUCAACGAGGACGACCAGGCCUGGCUGCUGGCCGUCAACCAGGAGCUCCGGGAGAUGGGGUUGCCCUUGUUGGACGAGAUCACCAUGGAGACGGUGAUGGAGGAGUUUGAGCGCCAUUGCCAUGACAACAUGAGCCACGCCGUGCAGACGGAGGAGGGCCUGGGCAUCGAGUACGACGACGACGUGGUGUGUGAGGUGUGCCACUCCCCCGACGGAGAGGACAACAACGAGAUGGUGUUCUGUGACAAGUGCAACAUCUGCGUCCACCAGGCGUGCUACGGGAUCCAGAAGGUUCCCGAGGGCAGCUGGCUGUGCCGGACGUGUGCGCUGGGUUUGUCCCCUCGCUGCCAGCUGUGUCCCCAGAGGGGCGGAGCCAUGAAGCCCACGCGCAGCGGGACCAAGUGGGCCCACGUCAGCUGCGCCCUCUGGAUCCCUGAGGUGAGCAUCGGGAACCCAGAGAAGAUGGAGCCCAUCACCAACGUGUCCCACAUCCCCAGCAGCCGCUGGGCCCUGCUCUGCUGCGUCUGCCAGGACAAGACCGGGGCCUGCAUACAGUGCUCGGCUAAGAACUGCCGCGUCGCGUUCCACGUGACCUGCGGCCUCAAGAACAAGCUGAAGAUGAUCACCUUCCUCACCGAGGAAGACGAGGUCAAGUUCAAGUCCUUCUGCCCCAAACACUCGGGCCCAGAGGAGGAGGAGGAGGAGGAGGAGGAGGGCGGGGCCGACAAGAGGAGCUGGAGGAGGGGCCGGGUGAGAGGCGAGGAGGACGAGCAGGAGGACAAGAAGAGGGGGAACCUCCGGCAGCUGAAGCUGCAGCAGCUGGAGGAGGAGUUCCCGGCGUUCGUGGCGGCGGAGGAGGUGGCGGAGCGGCUGAGGCUGCCGGCCGAGCUGGUGGACUUCCUGUUCCAAUACUGGAAGCUGAAGCGCAAAGCCAACUUCAACCAGCCGCUCCUCACCCCCAAGAAGGAGGAGGAGGAGAGCCUGGCCCGCCGCGAGCAGGAGGUGCUGCUGAGGCGCCUCCAGCUCUUCACCCACCUCCGGCAGGACCUGGAGAGGGUGAGGAACCUGAGCUACAUGGUGACCAGGAGGGAGAAGAUGAAGAGGUCGCUCUGCCGCCUCCAGGAGCAGAUGUUCCACAAGCAGCUCCUCCUGCUGGAGCAGCUCAGAGCCGAUCCUUCGGCCACGGACCCGGACCAGAACCUCUCGGAGGGCUCCUCCUCCACCUCCUCCACCACCUCCACCACCUCCACCUCCUCCACCACCUCCACCUCCUCCUCCUCCAAGGGCCGGAGGCUGAGGCCCGACAGGAGGACCAGAGGGAGGAGCUCCCCAGCCUCUCCUCCCCACGGCGCCAAGGGGUCCGGGAGCAGGAGCACCAGACAGCCCGCCCCCGACCAGAACCAGGGCGCCCUCCCCGAGGGCCGCAGGGGCCCCGGGCGGGGGUCCCCGGUCCCGGAGGGGGCCCGGCGGGGGGGGGGCGGGGAGGAGGAGGAGGAGGAGGAGGAGGGGAGGAGGAGGAAGGCCUCAGAGGGCCCCGCCCCCCGGCGCCUGGAUAAGACGGUGUGCGUCCGGCUGGUGGACAUCCGCCUGCUCCACCCGCCCCCCGGCUCCACCUACAGCACCACCUGCAGCCAGCUGAAGAACUGGGGCAAGUUCAGGAUCCCCAAGAGGGCGGAGAGACCCCCCCCCUCGGAACUCCCGAGCCCCGAGGCCCCCCGGCCCCGCCUCCGCUCCGGGGCCGCACCCCCCGGGGCCCCGCCCACCGGGCAGGGGGCGGAGCCCGGCGGCCAGGAGGCGGAGCCCAGCCCGAAGCGAUGUCACUCCCACCAGCUGAGAAGGGACGCCACGCUCGGCCGUCGCUACGGCAACCACAUCAUCCGGCAGGGCGUGCUGGCGUCUUGACGAGAGGGCGGAGCCUAUCGUCCUAGCCGUGUCCAAUGAGACGUCUCCAACAGAACCCAGCCCAUAUUUAUGUUAAUUUGUAAGAUGUGUACAAAUUUGGGAAAGAUUUUACUUUAUUUUAUUUUCAUUAAUUUCGAGCAGAAGGAUCGUCCAGCUGCCAUGAAGUCCUGCCUGCUGGUUAAGGAGCUACAUGCUACUAAAGAGCUAACUGCUAGUUUGGCUACUGUCUGCUCGGGGAAGUGGUGUUCGUUCUGGAAUGCCAGCAUCAGUUUAGCGUAGAAGAAGAAUCAAGGACUUCUUCAUGUCCGUCAUUCACAGCUCUGAUAAACAAGCUGAAUCAUGAGCCUCUUCGCCCUGCCAUAGUGCCUAACUUAACGUGUUAAAUCUUUAAAACGUUUAGCCUACAACAUGUUUAGACGUUAAUGCCUGAGGUCUUUAAUUUGUUAAGUCUUUAUGCUUUAAAUCUUUAAUGACAGUCUUUCAUGUGUCAAGUCUUUAAUGCGUUUAGUCUUUAAUGCUUUAAGUCUUUAAUCAGUCCAUCCAGAAAAAUGUGCCGUUUUUUUUGUGAUUGUUGUGGCCAAAAAUCCUUGAUAAUGUGGCCCGUUUUCUUAAAAAUGUGAUGAAAUAUGCGGCAUAUUUAUGCAAUUUUAUGCGAUGAAAUUGCGGGAACUUGCGAAAAAAUGCGGGAACUUGCGAAAAUGCAGCUUUUCGAUGACGUCGCGUAAUUACGUCAAGUAAAGGCAAGUAAACGCAACAUUUUUCAACUUUCUGCUAAGAUAUACGUGACUUUUUUGCAACGGAAAUGCAGGGAUUAUGAAAUCAUGCACGCCCUGUAUAUUUUGCGCGGAAACCUGCAAUUUAUGCGGUGAAAGUGCGGUAUAUUUGAAAAAAUGCGCCCACCGCAUGAAUACGCGGACUUUGGCUGAUUGUGCGUUGAAUUAUGCGAUCGCAUAAUCGCGUUUUUCUGGAGGGACUGUUCAAUGCGUUUAGUCUUUAAUGCCUUGAGUCUUUAUGCUUCAAGUCUUUAUGCCUUAAGUCUUUAAUGCAUUAGGUCUUACAUGUGGGCUUUAUUGUGUAUAACCUUUGUGUUUAACCUUUAAUGUUUGCACUAUCAGAAGGACUGUGAGUUCAGAUAUUUUUACACUGAAUACUAAUUUUGUACUUUCACCUGCUGCUGAACUCUUAUGCAAAAUAAAACAUUUCUAAAUGUUUUCCCUUUAA